GAAUUCGUUUACAGUUUACUCUUUUGUAUUUUGUGUAACUUUGUUUACGCAUCAUUGACAUAUGAAAAAAUUUUUUACGAGUGUAAGAAUAUUAUUUACAGUUUAGAAUCAAGUUUGAAUUAAUGAUGACAUUAUCAUGACGUUUUUCAAUAAUAUUAUCGUGAUUCCAUUACUUUUUAAUUUAAUUCAUAACGUCCGUUCUAUAGACCAGGACUACAAUACAGACAGAAUCCCGAAAUCUGUAUACAGAAGACAGGACUGCGUCCCGAUAGUGUACGUAACCGGUUCUCACUAUGAAGUUGGAUACAUGGUCGGACAGACAUUCGGGAAAAUUAUACGAGAUUUCGUGGACGCAUAUGAACCGCUUAAAGAGUAUUUGGAAAUUUACGAAACGUCUGAAGAUGGGAAACGAGUGUACAAUGAAUGUCUAGAAAAGACUGAGAAGUAUUUUCCACAAUAUUUAGUUGAGCUCAAAGGAAUGGCCACCGGUGCUGAUGUUCCGUUCCACAAGCUUUUCCUCAUCCAUUUGGACGACAUACUAGUGACAAACGUCCGAGAUACUAGUGCUGAUACGGAUGCCGGUUGUUCUACAUUAAUGGCAAACAUACCAUGGACGGGACAGUUUAUCGGGCACAACGAAGAUGCCCUGAAUACGACGAUAAAUCAUUUUUACAUCGUUAGUGCUCACAUCAAGCCGAGAGGUGAAGAAGGCGGUGGAAUAUUUCCGACGAGAGAAGAGAAAUGGGAAGCGAUGACUUACGCCGGUUCGCUAUCUGGAUACGCGAGCGGUCACAACUACCACGGCUUGGUGUUUUCAGUCAAUACGAUAUUCGCGAAAAAACUCAGCAGAAAUAAAAUACCUCGGGUGUUUUUGACACGAGCACUGUUGGCUUCCAAGGCCAACAUUAAUGAAAUUAAAGACAUACUAACCAAUCACGGAGCCGGUACGGCAGACGCGUUUCACGUAAACGCCGGUUUCCUCGAAGGAAGCAGAUGUAACCGGGUAUUCUAUUCAAUCGAGGUGACCCCGUCGGAAACCGAUCAGAUGUCAAAAGUGAUCGUAACAUCGGUAGACACCGAAUCCAUAGCCUUUUACACGAACAAAUUACAAUUUUCGGAUUGCGAGGAACUAAAAGAAUCUGGAUGGAAAAGCAGCGUGGCCAGAGAAAAAGUGUUUGAGGAAUUACUGUUACAGGAACCAAUAUCAAGCUUGCAAGACAUUCUGAGAAUAUUGGGAUCCACUCGCGGUGGAAAAUGGCAAAUUUUUAGGGACAGGGAUAGUGAUUUUGUCAACACGAUCAAUCUCGGAGUUUUUGAUUUUAUUGAAAAAACGUGGACGAUAUGGACAAAUAAUCCCUUGACCAAUCCUCCUAUUAUAAAGCUGUCGUUAAAAUUCACGACUUUCAUCAGUCCUUUUAUAAAUGAAGAAACUGAAAACCAGCCAUAUAUUAGUAGAAUUACAUCAGGGAUUUCUGAUAUUUAUAAAAAUGGUUUGGAGAAGUUCAAAAAUAUGUUUGAUAUAAGAUUAUAUUAAUACAAAUUUUAAAUUUAAAUUUUACCAGGCUAUUAACUUCACUAAUUUAAAAUUGUAAUAACUUAAGUACAUACGCACAUAUGUUAAUUUAUUAUGCUUUAUAAUAUUUUCUUAACGCAAUUGAAUACAACAUUAGCAAAUGGUAACAACUAUA